AUCAAAGUUGCAGGCCUAAAAGUUUUGGAAUCUUACGUUAUCUUUUACCAGUACGGCGUGUACAAACAUUAACUUUAAGUUUAACUUGUUCGAGUUCUUGUUAGCAUUGCCUUUACCACGAACAUGAUGCGUAGUUUGAGCUUCAACAUCUUCACAGUCUUUGCUGUGGCGACCACAAUGGUCGUCGCUGCCAGGGUUGAACCUGACAACAAUCGAGAUCAACGGGGCCGCGCUAUUUUUCUUGGAAGAGAUGAUCCAGUAGUGCAAGAAGUGCUUAACAAUCGUUUCCAAGGCUUCCUCCGCACCGAACGGGACUACGGGAGACUCGCCCGGGUCUCGAAGGGAACUCGGGCAGCACUGCAGGAAGCAGAAAAGAGCCUAGGCCACAGGAGGCAGCAAGUUUUCCGCGCUUUCCGGUCUCUGCAGGAACUCGAGGAGGCUAUGCAGCUUUGGUGGACUGACGAAGCUAGAACUAUCAGAGCUCCAGACGGGAAUCAAAGCGAGCAAAAUUACGAGGAUCUUCGGAACGCCGCCGAGGCAAGAUACGGCCCGGUGGAGCAGUGGGACGUUGGCGGGCUUGACAAGCUUCCAGAGUUUUGCCACUAUGAUGAAUACAAGUCGCUUCGGUGGAGUCAGAUGUAUGUCCCGUCUUUUCGGAUUUCGCGUUGGAAUACCAGGGGUAUCAGAGACAUGAGCGCUGCUUUUGCGGACUGCGGCCAGGGCUUUAAUCAGCCGCUAUACUGGGACACGAGUACGGUGCAAAGGAUGGACUGGAUGUUUUUCGGCUGCCGUGACUUCAACGACCGUUCGAUUCGCUCGUGGCGCGUGAGCGAGGUAGAAAACAUGGAAUAUAUGUUUGCCACUGCCAGAAGCUUCAAUCAGGACCUCGGAGAAUGGGAGGUGACCACGAAGCUGAAAAACGUCGUGUCUAUGUUCGACCGCGCUCAUGCAUUCGACCAGAACCUCGAGGCCUGGGAUGCGGUACUGGCGAAUCGCCGUCGACAGGAAGUAGGCGCGGAGCCAGUAGCAACAGACUCGAUGUUCCUGUACACGUAUGCAUUCCAAAUAUGUCUGGGUCUUGAAGAGUGCAAAAUUUGUUUUGCAUCUCGCGGCGGACCACGCACAUGGUCAUGGUCUGUGUCUGCAACUGCGUUGCACAGAGAAGCAUGACAGAGUUUGCAAGACAAUCCUCAUGCCAAUUCCGAAUGAGAAUGAGAAAUUAGCUUUUCCCUAGCAAGGGCAACUACUGGCGUUCAUGCAACACGAAUUUUUAUGUGAUCGAGAGUUUGCAUGACAGGCUGCAUUCUUCCAGACCCAGACAUAGCUACAAUGCAUAACACGCUUGUUUUCCACCGCUUGGCUCUUGCCGAGUGUGGUUGUUAUGCAAAGGCGCGGCACGGCGAGGAGCGCCCCUGGCCGGAUAAUGAAGAACACGACUGUUGGAAUAUCACAAGGCUAAACGCUUCACGCUUAAAAACUUCACUCCUUAAAAAAAAUUUUCUUUGGGGGAUUUUUUGGAUCUCUGAAAGCAAAGCAGCUGUUUCGAGGAGGUGAAUCGUUUGUCAGCCACGCCUAUGCUCCAACCCAAAAGGCCUCAAAAACAGAGCCACUUUCGGGCCACCAAAACUGGCCAACUUUGUGAGGUGAAUCGCUUGUCAGCCACGAGCUGAGUCCAACCCAAAACGCCUCAAAAACAUAGCACUUGUCACAAAAGCAUCGCUUUGAUGCACCAUUUCGAUGAUUUUCAAAAGUGCUCGUUUUUGGAAGCUUGCGCCGAUGCUGCGGCGGCCAAAUAUGGCCAAAGUGAAUCGUUUGUCACCGGAGCCAGUUUCUGGAUUUUUGCUGAUUCUUCGGCCGGUGCUACGCUCAAAAAACCCACAAGCGAUUCAUUUUUUUGUCAAGUCAUCGACUUUUUCACUUUUUCGCACACAAAAGUCUCCGCUUUGCUUUCAUCUUACUCAAAUGAAGACUCUUCGGGAGUUUCGCUCUCAGAAUUAUAAGCCGUGGCGUCUUCACUAGUCAACUGCCAACCUCUACCCCCCAAAGCAAGGCCCAGUCGUCCUUCCACUGAUGCAGAAGGUGCACGCGCCGCAAUGCCGUCGUCGGCACGUAGCUGCUGAUGCUGUAAGCAACAGCGCCAAACCUCACUAAAAAAAGAUUUUUUUUAGCAAGUGAAGUUUUUAAAAGUGAAGCGUUUAGCCGUGUGAUAUGGAAAAGGGCAUUUAAAUUCUCAACGGAUAGUGUCAAAGAAAGGUGGAGGACAAAGAGGUAGACAACUUCUACAGGUUGAUUGUAUCUACUAGCAUCACUGGCAGAGUCUGGCGCGGCCACGACAGCCAAGUUUAUUUUGAAUCCAAGUUUUGCGCACUAAAUGCUAAACACGACGUAUGAACUUGAACUAGUACCAUCCAGCUUCAUUGCCGCGCUCCGUCGCCCGGAUAUUGAAGCGGCCGCCAGGCGGUGCCAUAAAAUGGCGCUAAAUGUGUAUUGGCCGGGAUUUUUGAAACGAUAUGUUGGCAGAAGGGGCAAAAACGAAUCGGCAGAGCGCACGACUUCACGACAAAGUAAACAUGUUGAUCUUCUCCAGUUUGGCUCAAUUCGUAUCUAAGUAUCUAGUUGGAUUAAUAAUUCGUCCUGUUUUGAAGAUUCAGACAAAAAAAACAGCUCGUCCUCGUCACACACAGCGCGACUUUUACACUUUGCGCUCUUUGUCAAGGGACGCACAAGAAUAUAAACUGGGAAUUUGACACUCUAAUUCUCAUUUUUAGUUCCUCAGAUUUGAGGAACUAAUGAGGAAGAGGAUUCAAGGAAAUUUUACUGCGACAGCGCCGAACGCGAACAGAAUAAGUACUUACAUUCAUCACCUUGGAUGACUUAAUCCAACGACGGCGCUGAGCAAAAAGCAUUUGCAGUGCAGAGAUUUAUUCCUUCGUCAGGAGCUUAGUACAACAACAACUAGGCAACCACUAAGCAUACAUCGAGGAUCAAUCGAAAUCAACUUUCAUAAUUACUGUCAUUCGCGCAAAACUAAAAUGUUUGUUAGCACACAAGAGCAUGAUAAACAAGAAGAAAUCUUCGUAAUCUGACUACUUAGGAUCGGUUGAACGCAGCUCUGAAGAAAGAUUUAUACCGCAGUACUAAGAGACGAAGCGGGUCGUUUUUGCAUAGGAAAUGAUGUCGGAUAUUGUGGGCGCUACCAACACGCAAGCAUUCCGCCCCACAAUCUCCGUCGCACUCCGUUCCAUGCAGCGGCCCGUAGUCUCAUCAGCAAGCUGUGCAAUGAAUCUGAAUGUAUAAUUUUUUUCAACGAAGGCAAAAGAUAAAGAACGGAAAGCUAUGAGACCGUAACGCGAAGCAUAUGUUAUUUGUUGCUCCACAAAAACGAUUUAGUAUUUCAGUUAUUUUUUUUGUAUAAUGUUGGUUGAAGAGCAAGAAAAAAAAAGCCAAGUGGAAGAGAAGUGAAGUACGGCAAGGGGUGGCUUUCUAUCGCAUCCAGGAUCAAACCUGGGCUGUAGAGUGACACCGAAAUUUCGAAAGCACCAGGCUCUUGUGCACGUCCAAGAAAAAAUGGAAGAGAAUGAACAGAACGACAGAAACUUUCACAGGACAAGC